GAGCCCCCCUUUCUCCUCCCGCAGCGACCAUGACGAAGUUAGCGCAGUGGCUCUGGGGACUGCUGCUCCUGGGCUCCGUCUGGGCGGCCCUGACCCUGGGAGCCCUGGGUCUGGAGCUGCCCUCGGCGUGCCGGGAGGUGCUGUGGCCGCUGCCCGCCUAUUUGCUGGUGUCCGCCGGCUGCUAUGCGCUAGGCACCGUGGGCUACCGCGUGGCCACUUUCCACGACUGCGAGGACGCCGCCCGCGAGCUGCAGAGCCAGAUCCACGAGGCGAGAGCCGACUUAGCCCGCAGGGGGAUGCGUUUCUGACACCCCCCCCUCACUCAUUCCCUCCACACUCCCUACGCCCCAUUAAAGACCAUGUUUAUUUUCUAA